AAAGUGGGUUUAUUUCACUUGUUGCCCCUCCUAUCCAGGUCUUCCAAAACCCUCACAGCAGUGCAGCCUUCCGCUCCGAGACAUACCGCACAGCAAACAAGUAGAAAAAAAAUGCUAGUGUCAUUUUUUUCAUUAACCUUCCCAAUAUUCCUCUUUUCUAUCUCAAUCUCUCCAUUUACACCAUUUCACCACUAUAAACCAUCGCUUUCUGAAACUCUAUUUUGUUAAUUCGGAUUCUGUGCCAUGGACAAAGCUACUAUUGCUACCAAUGGUAAUUCAAAGCGGAUGAAUUUAUUAGUGGUUUUGAGCGUUCUUUUUCUUCUCACACAGACUCACUGCUUCGCGUUUCGAUAUCGAUUAAGUUGGCUGAAAAGGGUAGCUCUCGCUUUUUCUUUGGUUAGUUUCUGUAUCUUCAUUUUUUAGCCCAUUUUUUAAGACACUAAUGUUAAAGACUCCAAAGCACACUUCAUUUGUGAGCAAAAUCCUCCUUAAAUCUCUCUUCAAAGUCCCUUCUUUUGCAGUUUACUCAUCUGGGUUUAUUAGCGAUUCUACUAUUUUUCGAAACAACGACUCAGAAUCUGACAAUGAAUGGGAAAGAUUGCUCAAACCAUUUGAUGUCAAUGAGCUUAGAAAGUCUCUUAAUAAAAUAACCCCUUAUCAGCUAUGUAAAUUACUUGCAUUGCCACUAGAUGUUGACACAUGUAUGAGUGUAUUCAGUUGGGCUGGUGCCCAGAGGGGCUAUUGUCAUACUUUUGAUGUGUACUAUGUGUUGAUAGAUAAACUUGGUGAGAAUAAGGAGUUUAAGGUUAUAGAUAGGUUGUUGUUGCAAAUGAAAGAAGAGGGUAUUGUUUUUAGAGAGACCCUUUUCAUUUUGAUCAUGAAGUAUUAUGGGAAAGAGGGAUUCCCUGGACAAGCCACAAGGUUGUUGUUGGAUAUGAAGAGUGUUUAUGGUUGUGAACCUAGUUUUAAGUCUUAUAAUGUUGUGUUGGAGAUAUUGGUGGCUGGUAAUUGUCAUAAUGUUGCGCCGAAUGUGUUUUAUGACAUGCUGAGUAAGGGUGUUUCACCAACAGUUUAUACUUUUGGGGUGGUGAUGACAGCACUUUGUAUGGUUAAUGAAGUGGAUUCUGCGUGCAAGCUACUUAGGGAUAUGACUAAACAUGGAUGUGUGCCGAACUCUAAGGUUUACCAGACUUUGAUACAUGCAUUGUCCAAGAGAAAUAGAGUGAAUGAUGCAUCAAUGCUUUUGGAGGAAAUGUUUCUGAUGAGUUGCACACCAGAUGUUCAGACUUUUUAUGAUGUUAUCUAUGGCCUUUGCAGGCUCAAUCGAAUUCAUGAAGCAGCAAAAUGGGUUGACAGGAUGCUUCAUCGGGGUUUCACCCCUGAUGCUAUAACAUAUGGAGUUUUAAUGCAUGGGUUGUGUAGGACUGGGCGUGUAGAUGAAGCAAGGGCCUUGUUGAAUAAAGUACCUUGUCCAAAUGUUGUGCUCUUCAACACUGUGAUAAAUGGGUAUGUGACAAGUGGACGUUUUGAUGAAGCAAAGGAUAUUCUGUAUAAUAGAAUGUUAAGCAUUGGCUGUAACCCUGACAUUUUUACUUAUAACAUAUUGAUUCGUGGACUCUGUAAGCAGAGGCGUUUAGGUUCAGCUCUUGAAUUGGUUAAUGAGAUGGCAAUGAAGGGUUGUGAACCCAAUGUUAUCACAUACACCAUUUUAAUUGACGGUUUUUGCAAGCAAGGCCAACUAGAGAAAGCUAAUGAUAUUAUGAAUGAGAUGUCAGCUAAGGGGCUUAGUUUGAAUACUGUGGGAUACAAUUGCCUUAUAAGUGCUCUAUGCAAAGCUGGAAAGGUCCGUGCGGCCUUUGAAAUGUUUGGUGAAAUGCCAAGCAGAGGAUGUAAACCUGACAUUUUCACAUUUAAUUCUUUAAUAUCUGGUCUGUGCAAGGAUGAUAAGAUAGAAGAUGCUUUGGGACUGUAUCAGAACAUGUCAUUAGAGGGUGUGAUUGCCAACACAGUAACUUACAACACAUUAAUCCAGGCUUUUUUAAGAAGAGGUGCAAUCCAAGAAGCAUUUAAUCUUGUAAAUGAUAUGUUGUUUAGAGGAUGCCCUCUUGAUGAAAUCACUUACAAUGGCCUGAUAAAGGCACUAUGCAAAGCUGGGGCUGUUAAUAAAGGAUUCGCUUUGUUUGAAGAAAUGAUGAGGAUGGGAGUUAUUCCCAACAAUAUCUCAUGCAAUAUAUUGAUUAAUGGUCUCUGUAGGACUGGGAAAGUAAAUACUGCCCUUGAGUUUCUAAGGGAUAUGAUUCAUCGAGGUUUGACACCUGAUUUGGUCACCUAUAACAGCCUAAUAAAUGGUUUGUGCAAGAAGGAUUGCAUUGGGGAGGCUUUAAAUCUAUUUGAUAAAUUACAAGCUGAAGGAAUUUAUCCUGAUGUUAUUACUUACAAUACUUUAAUUAGUUGGCACUGCAAGGAGGGCCUGUUUAAUGAUGCUUGUUACAUUCUACAUAAAGGAGUCGAGAAUGGUUUACUACCUAAUGAUGUUACUUGGUAUAUUUUAGUCUCGAAUAUUUUUAAAGGAAUGGAUAAGGAGAGUCAGAACUUCACCCAUGCUGAGUAUUAGUGACAGCAAGGGAACUUUCAGAAAUGGCUUCUCUCCUUCACACUUAAUCUGAUCUUAUUAAGCUUUGAAAGUGUACCUCUGCCAAUCUGUCAUAAGGGACUGCUUGUUUCCCUUACAUGAGACAAGUGUUCAUCAAUUAGUCUGUGGGUUGGAUUUAUCCUGAAUAUUCUUGAGGUGACAAUCAGCUGGGACACUGGGAGCAUCUUUUUGAUUGACAUCAGCCACCUGGAAUUCAUUGGAUGAGAAUGCAAGUCUUCUGGGUAUUUGCUUAUGUUAUUUUUGCUGAGUUUAUCCAGUGGAAGAAGUGCUCUUCUGAAAAUGAUUGUUUGUCUGUAAAUUAUUUUUAAGGAUUUCCAUCUGACACUGGGAAUUCAGGGCUGGGUAAUGAGGAGAAACAUGGCUUUGCCUAAUAAGUUAAACUAUAGGACUUGAGGAUGAUCGUGCCAUACUUCUUUUAACCUAUAUUUUCUGAUUCCAUUGCUUGCUAGUUCAUUAUGUAAUUUGGUUCUCAGAGCAUUUUGUAACUUGGUGACACAUGCAAAUUUCUUGUGCUUCAUGUUUUUAAUAAUACUCCUGGAAACACAAAUCUUAAUUUCUGGGGAUGCUAAAAUCUUGCUGAGAGGAAAGUUAUUUAGACCAAUUUUCGGUAUGCGGAGAACCUUGAAGUAUGGCCUGGAAGCUAGCUUUCAUUCUUUUGUGAUUCCUCAUGGUUACAGGUGAAAUUUUACAAGCAUGGAAGACGCUUACAGAGCAAGUUCUCUUUUUUGGCCUCUUAUGCAGAAGUGUAGCAGUAAUAAAAUCUAACAAGGACACAAGAUAUGGCUUGGGUUUGAUAGUUGCUCAUGAUGGAGUGAAACUGCCAUGUUGUGCAUUGGUUAAUUUGUCAUCAUUCAGACAAAAAAUUGGUUCUGAUGCUUAUGAUAAGCUAGAUGUGAUUGGCAUUAACAAGGCUCAAUUCUUUGAAGAUCUGUACAUGGUGACAGCUAGAUGUUCUGAUUCUCAUUCCAAGCUCAUAUACUUUUUAUAAGUUUUAGUUGCCCUUAACUGUUCGAUGUGAAUACUGCGGGAAGCGUACUUUCUUCACCUUUAGGAAGACGGAGGAGACACAGACAGAAUUGAUUGGGGGAUCUGAUAUCUACAUGCCUGUAUGCUGACAGCUUUAUCUGAGUGCAAGAAUUGUUCUAGUGUUGCAGAAGUCUCAACGUGAAUCAUGUGUAACGUCGUUCAGCUCCUUCAUGCUACUGGGAAACCUAGAUUUUCCUUCAAGUAUUCAGCUGGAUGUGUUAAAAAUUGCUGUGUACGCACAGCAUAUUUGAACUCAUUAUUUGUGACAUAGGAUCUUAA